AUGUCUUCACGAACUCUCUUCUUCGUCACCUCAAACCCUGGGAAGCUUGCUGAGGCCAAGGCAAUUUUGAGUGCCAGCGGUGUGAAUCUUGAGAGCAAGAACGUCGAAAUCACCGAAAUUCAGGGGACUAUUGAGGAAAUCACAAGGGAUAAGGCAAAGCGCGCCGCAGAACAGAUCGGUGGCCCAGUUAUUGUCGAGGACACCUGCUUGUGCUUCGAUGCUCUCAAAGGGCUUCCAGGCCCAUAUGUCAAGCACUUCUUGAAGGAGAUCGGCACUCGAGGCCUCACCAACAUGCUUGCAGCCUACGAUGACAAGACAGCACAGGCCGUAUGCACAUUUGCUUACUGCGAGCCUGGCAGCGAGCCCAUCCUUUUUGAGGGCAGGACAAAGGGAAAGGUCGUGAGGGCAAGGGGCGAGGGCUCCUUUGGCUGGGACCCUAUCUUUGAGUAUGAGGGUUCAACCUACGCGGAGAUGGACUCCUACCAAAAGAACAAGAUCUCUCACCGCUUCAAGGCUCUUCAAAAACUGACUGCUUGGCUUGAGGAGAAGCAUGGCGGUGGCAGCGGAGGGAGUGCUCCCCCAUCUGCGGCCCCAAAGCCUGUGGACCGUCGUAACAUGGGUGGUCAUGAUACCUCCUCUGAAGGUGGCAGUUUCUUUGAUGGGUUUGGAGAGGAGGUCAAAUCGAGGGCUAUCAACAUUGCUGGUGAUGGGAUGGGUAUCAGAAAGGCCACUGGAAGGGAGUGGCAGUUUGAUGCUCCCGAGGGUGGUAGAGGGAAGUAUUAG